AGCUUCACUUGUGUUGGUUUGUUAGUUGCUGAAAUCUUGUUCCAAAUGUUUGUUUCCUAAUAUAAAUAACAAUUAAAGACAGCCGCCGAUAUGGACGAUUCGGUGUUUAAGCUGAAAUACCAGAAAUACAAGCUACGUGUGAAGUUGUGGGAAAAGGAUUUCAAAAAGAAAAAUGGCCGGGUUCCAUCGAAGUAUGAUAUACGGGAGGCCAGCCAAGAGAUUCGCGACUCCUACAAGAUGUACUACAAACUGAAGACCUCCUUCCUAGAGGAAACACUGAACGAUGUGCUCAGCGAGGAUGGCUACGAUAUCCUGGAGAUGUCGCAGGCCAGUGAUCUGGGCGUAAGCCUGCUGGAUCAGGAUGUCAGUCUUGGUGGUGGCCCCCAACUGCCCCUUGAUAUAUCCGCACUGGUGGAGCCACAGAGCUCUGCCAAUCUGGGCGAGAAUCCGCAACAGGCGCAGGGCUCGUUUUCCAAUCUUCAGGAUCUGCCCAAUCGCCAAGUGCUCACCAAUCUGGUCAACCGCGACGAGAACCAUGUGAUCCGUAAGUUCGAAGCGGUGGAUGAGCUGCCGAUCAACCGGAAUGCCUGGGGCAUGGAAGUCAGCAAGAAGCAACCAGAUCUGGGGCAACCCCUAGAGGCUUCUCUUUCGGCUCCGGUGCAGGGAAAACCGCUUAAGGCUACCGCCAGUCUUAAGCCCAGCUUGAGUGCCAAGCUAUUCAAAUCCACAAGCGGAUUUGCCAAACGAAAUCCCCGCAAGCCGUUGUCACGCACUUCAGUCAACGCAUCCAGUUCAACCACAUCCCUCAGCUCAGUUCCUUCUGCUUUGGCAGAAGAACUGCCCGAUUUCGAGACCAUACUAAUACGCAAGGCGCAGGAGUACAAGGAGAAGGAGCAGGCCUUAGCCACUAACACGCUGCUGGCCGGCGAUCACACUAAGGAAACUAUCAAAACGCAGGUGGACGACGGCUGGCUGCAGCGGAACACAAAGGAGAAUACUCUUGAGGUGGAGUCGCCCCUUCCAGCAGCACAUAAUAAUAAUGGUCCGCCAAAGAAAACCAACUUUGGACUGGCCAAUCUUGAUUUGAGUAAACUAAAGUCCACUGCCAAGGAGGAGCAGCUGGUGCCGGUAAAGAUCGAAACGGUAGCCAGCACAGAGGUGCUGCAAUCUGUUGACAGUUCUAUAAUGAACCAGAAACCGGCUCCUGCUGCAACCAACCAGAAGCCACCUGCUCCCAAGCUAAAACAUCCUCCUGCAGAACAGGACACUGAUUCCGAUUCAGACUCUGUUGUGGCUGAAAGCGAGGAGGAACCGGAGCCCCAGGAGUACCGACAGCUGGCCAAACGGCGCAGGAUUAUGCCAGCCACAGCAGGAUCUUCUGAGGCAGCCGAAGUAGCUGAAAUAGCCAACAAAUCCGAACCGAAACCUGAAGCUGGGGCUCCAGUCGAUCCAGAGGCUGAUUAUGCUAUGGACUUCUCCGCCGACGAAGAUGGGGAUGCAACCUAUGAGCCGAAGAAGAGCAAGAAAGAACAGGCAAAGCGCAAACAAGCAGCCGGAAAAAGGAAGACCCCCAAACCCAAGGCGGAAGCUAAGCCCAAAGCUGAAAAGAAACCCAAAGUCAAAGCGGAGAAGAAACCCAAGGUGGAGAAGAAGCCAAGGAGCUCUAAGAAGGUCUCUGCUGCUGAGCCUCCGCCUGUUGCCGAGGAGGAGGAACAGAGUCAGCCCUUGAAUCCGGAAGACUUGAGGUACGUGCUGGCGUUGGAGGCAGGCGACAUAACCUCCGUUCCCCGAAUCAAUCAGCAGGAUCUGGAGAAAGCAGACGCCACUGCGCGGCGCUAUAUAAGCACUUUUGCAGCGGCACCCAGGACAGAGAACAGAGCAGAGGGAUCCAACCCGCUGGUGGAUGAAAAGCGAUCCGCUGCCCGAAAGAAACUGGAGGAACGGAUAGCUACUGGGAAAUUAAACGAAAACUUUGUCACCAUCAACAUUCAAAAGAAGAAAUUUGUGCGCGGCAAAAAGAGCGUGAACUUCAGCAAGUACAAGAAGCAGCAGUGGCGGCACAAGAAGCGCGUGGCUGCCUUGAGUGGCCCGGAUAUGGACAUGGGUGGCUGCGACGGCGGAGUGCUCACCUGCUUCCAGUGCGGCGGAGUGGGACAUUUCGCCCAGCAGUGCAAGGUGAAGGGGGACAGCCUGUUGCCCCUAUCCGCCCAGUUGGAGGAGGAUCCCUCGCCAUUCCCCACGCUCGCCGAGGCCCAGGAGAUGGCCAGCCAGGGAGCUGUGGUGGCCCACAGUCGCAACAUCUCCAGACUUCCCCAGGCGGCCAAUGCGGCCAUCCUGCAGGGUGAGGAAUCUAAGCAAUCCGAUGACUCCGAGGAGGAAGUUCAAGACGGCAGCGGUAAUGAGGAGGGACAACCGCAUCCGGAGCCGGACUGGUCCAGCGAUGAUCCGGACAUCGACUUUGAGGCUCUGGACGCAGCAGUCGAAGCCUCCCUAAGUCAGCCGCUUUCCCAGGAGAAAGCUGCUUCGCCCAUUAAAACAUACGUUGGCCACAAGAUUCCCGAGGAGUUCCUCAAGCAGGCUGGCCUGGACACCACCGCCUCCACCUCGAAUAGCAGCCAGCACGGCGGGGUAAAGCCCUUAUACGACCUCCUGCCGGAUGGAAGUGUCCAGGACACGACGCCGGAAGUGCUGGAAGCCCUGCACAUGUUUGGCCACAGUAAUUUCAGAAAGGGUCAGGAUCGGGCCAUCAUGCGCACCCUUUCCGGUCUCUCCUCGCUGGUUACCCUCAGCACAGGCAGUGGCAAAUCGCUGUGCUACCAGCUGCCCGCCUAUCUGUAUAGCCGCAAAAUGGGAGCCAUCACGCUGGUCAUCUCACCGCUGGUGUCGCUCAUGGAGGACCAGGUGACCGGGGUGCCGCACUUCCUGCGCGCCCACUGCCUGCACACCAACCAGACAGCGCCGCAGCGUAUGAAGAUCCAGCAGAUGAUUGCCGACGGGGAAAUUGACAUUCUGCUGGUUUCGCCGGAGGCUGUGGUUUCCGGCGAGCGGGCCACCGGAUUCGGGGCCAUUCUCCGCCAGCUGCCGCCCAUUGCAUUCGCCUGCAUUGACGAGGCACAUUGUGUGUCCCAGUGGAGUCACAACUUCCGGCCCAGCUACCUGAUGAUCUGCAAGGUGCUGCGAAAGAAUCUGGGCGUCCACACGGUCCUGGGUCUGACGGCCACCGCCACGCUGCCCACCAGGGUGAGCAUCAUCAAUCACCUGGGCAUCACGGACGGGGAGCGGGGCGUCAUCAGCGACAUCCCCCUGCCGGACAAUCUGGUGCUGUCCGUUUCCAAGGAUCACAACCGAGAUGCGGCCCUGCUCCAGCUACUCAAUAGCGAGCGCUUCGAGCCCUGCCAGUCCAUCAUCAUCUACUGCACACGGCGAGACGAGUGUGAGCGAAUCGCUGGCUUCAUUCGAACAUGCGUGCAGGAUCGGCGACAGCCCGCCCAGGAGCAGGGCAAGAAGCGCAAGCGGGUCAACUGGCAGGCGGAGCCGUACCAUGCCGGAAUGCCCGCCUCGCGGCGACGCACUGUCCAGAAGGCCUUCAUGGGCAACGAGCUGCGCAUCGUGGUGGCCACCAUCGCCUUCGGCAUGGGCAUCAACAAGCCGGACAUUCGCGCCGUCAUCCACUACAAUAUGCCGCGGAACUUCGAGAGCUAUGUGCAGGAGAUCGGACGAGCAGGUCGCGAUGGGUUGCCAUCCCAUUGCCACCUCUUCCUGGACGCCAAGGGUGGCGAUCAGUGUGAGCUGCGCCGGCAUGUCUACUCCAACUCCAUUGAUCGGCAUGUGAUCCGCAAGCUGUUGCAAAAGAUUUUUGUGCCGUGCGCCUGCGACAAGCAGGCUUCCCAGGGAGCUGCUAUUCCUCCAAUGGCUCUCGAAGGCGACGGUCCGAGGGUUCAUGUGUGUCCGGGUCACGAAAUAGGCUUCUCCGUGGAGAAAACCGUCGAGAUGCUGGACAUCCCGGCGGAGAACAUAUCCACGCUGCUCUGCUACAUGGAGCUCGAACCGCGCUGGUGCAUCAGUGUGCUCAGCUCGGCAUAUGUGAUGGCCAAGGUGAUCUCCUACGGCGGGCCCAAGUACCUGAAGCACGCAGCAAAAGAAUGUCCACCGUUGGCCAUGGCCAUUGCCCUGCAGAUUAGGGACAAGACCUUCAAGGAGGACUCGAACAUCAUUGAGUUCUCUGUGACGGACAUUGCAGCGGGAAUCGGUUGGAACAGCGGCGUGGUCAAGUACCAACUGAAGGACUUGGAGUGGGUAAAAGUGAAUGGAUUUCCAAAGCGUUCGCCCAUCACGGUGAGCUUCUAUGACUUGGGCUUCCGCAUCAAGGUGCCGGGCGAUUUUACGGAAACGGAGAUCGACAGUGCUUUGGACACACUCUAUACGCGAUCUGUGAAGCAGGAGCGGACCCAGCUCAUCCAACUGCAGUAUGUGGCCCACGGCUUGGCGGCGGUGGCCUACAGUUCCUGCAGCCAGUGCUGCAAUGCGGACUUUCCCCAGGAUCGGGGCGAGCAACUAAAGGCUAUUGUGCGGAACUACUUUGCCAAUGACUACCCGCAGGAUCUGGAGUUGGAAGUGGAGCCCAGCAACGUGCCGGAUGAAAGCAUCACGGACGACGUCCAUGCCCUGAUUAACAUGUAUCCGGACAACACGUUCAGCGGACGGAACAUUGCGCGCAUCUUCCACGGCAUCACGAGUCCCAACUAUCCGGCCGUCAUUUGGGGACGCUGCAAGUUCUGGCGCGCCCACGUCAAGGUCGAUUUCAAUCGCAUCCUGCAGCUGGCGAACAUGGCCAUCAUCAAGAGGCGCACCUGAUCGGUAUCGUUGGAUUGAUGUGAAUUCCCAUAUGUGAUGCCCUGGUGAACCCAUAAAAUAUCUCUAUGAAUUUGAAAUUAUGUGAUGCCAUUCUAUAACAUUUGUGGCUAUUGUUCUUUUAAGUCUAUUCAAAUAUAAAAAAGCCCUUUAGGUAAAA